AGUCACCACAAAUUUCCCAAACUUUCAAAUUCUGAUGUUUGCUCUUUUGCGUAAAUUUUUUCCUAAACCCGAAGCACUACAAGCCUACAGCUCUACAAUGAGUGAUGUAACAAAAAAAGAUGGCCGAAGUACCCCUUCAGACAAGGACAGACUCGUUUGGGUGGACUGUGAGAUGACUGGACUAGAUAUUGAUACCUGUCAUCUCAUAGAAAUGGCCUGCAUUGUGACCGAUGGAAACCUUCAAACAAUUGCUGAGGGUCCAAACAUCAUUAUCCACCAGUCUGAUGAGAUCUUAAAUUCGAUGAAUGAAUGGUGCAUUGAACAACAUGGACAGUCUGGUCUAACCCAAGCUGUGAGGGACAGUAAAAUAUCUCUCCAACAAGCAGAGAUGGAGAUGCUUUCAUUCAUACGUCAGCAUGUUCCUGAAGGCAAAUGUCCACUGGCUGGGAACUCCAUUCAUGCUGAUAAAAAAUUCCUUGAUAAAUAUAUGCCACAAUUCAUCAAUCAUCUUCACUAUCGAAUUAUAGAUGUCAGCACCAUUAAAGAACUCUGUAGGAGGUGGAACCCGCAAGAGUUUGAGAAUGCACCAAAGAAAGCAAACACCCAUAGAGCCUUGGAUGAUAUCAAUGAAAGCAUCAAAGAACUGAUGUAUUACAGGAGGACAAUCUUUAAACAAAACCCAGGGGAGCAAAGCAACAUGUGACUUUAUGGGAGAACUCUCCUAGAACAGGACAGAGUCAACCAGUGUUGGACCAAGUA